GCACACAUUAUCUUUAUCUGCGGCAGCUCCAGCCUCUGCCUGUAAAUUAUUCUUUUCUUCCAAAACCCCAAAUAGCAAGCUAAAACCCUAAUUGGGCUGUGAUUUUAUAUCUUUAUUGAAAGCAGCUUAAGAUUUCAGCUCAUCACUCUCUCUUUUGAUUAUGGCUACCAGACUUAUGUUCGAGAACUCAUGCGAGGUUGGGGUUUUCUCUAAGUUGACCAACGCUUACUGUUUGGUUGCAAUUGGAGGAUCUGAGAGCUUCUACAGCACAUUUGAGGCUGAGUUAGCAGAUGUCAUUCCAGUCGUUAAAACAUCCAUUGCAGGCACUAGGAUCAUCGGCCGUCUUUGCGCAGGGAACAAAAAUGGUCUUAUCUUGCCGCACACCACUACCGACCAAGAGCUUCAGCACUUGAGAAACACCCUACCUGAUCAAGUUGUUGUUCAGCGUGUUGACGAGAGGCUAUCAGCCUUGGGGAAUUGCAUAGCAUGCAAUGAUCAUGUUGCUCUUACACACACUGAUCUUGACAGGGAGACAGAGGAGUUGAUUGCAGAUGUUCUUGGAGUGGAAGUCUUUAGGCAGACAAUUGCUGGCAAUAUUCUUGUGGGCAGCUACUGUGCCUUCUCUAAUAGAGGUGGCUUGGUCCACCCCCAUACGUCCAUUGAAGACUUGGAUGAACUUUCGACUCUCCUUCAGGUACCUUUGGUGGCAGGGACCGUUAACCGUGGUAGUGAAGUGAUAGCUGCUGGCAUGACAGUGAAUGAUUGGACAGCAUUUUGUGGGGCAGAUACCACCGCCACCGAACUCUCUGUCAUUGAGAGUGUUUUUAAGUUGAGGGAUGCCCAACCUACUGCUAUUGUGGAUGAGAUGAGAAAAUCUUUAAUUGACAGCUAUGUCUAGUUCUGUAUGUUACUACCAUUAUAAAACUGAGGGCACUAGCUGCUAAUUCUUGGUCUUAUGUUUAAGCCUAUCUGCACUUUUGUUUAAUAUAUCAAUGUUCUCAUUGUAUCACUUAGAGAAGGCAUAUGUCUCUAACUUAGUCAUUUUCAUUUACUCUUUAUUCAGCUGGAUUGGAAUCCGGAUUCUAUGAUGCUUUUGUUUUAAAGAGGAAUGGAUUAGAUAGAUACUUGAGUUGCUAGUGGAUGAUGCCUGAAGCAUAUCAAUAGGAGAAUGUAUCUUUUAAAGUUGUUUAGUCUUGCUAUUUAGUUUAGUCUUUUACUCUGCCA